GUCAGGUAACAAUCAGUUUAAUGUCUGACUGCUACCAUGAAACGUAAUUUGUAAUUUGCCGAGCAUAUUUAGUGUCCAACCCAACGCAGUGAAGUUUAAAAUGAAACGUAACAACGGUGUAGACGCACUCGAUGCGACCAAGAAGCGUCGCAGUACAGUUAAAAAAAAACAACGCUCUACCGAACGGUUCCUACAGAAUACGCCCUGCUACAAAAUAACGCCACGAGUGCCCCGAUGCCGUGAAUGUCGUCGUUCAGCGGCAGCACGUACGCGCGACGCACUCGCCGGACGCACAGAUGAUGAUCUAUGUCGAUUCAUUGCGUUCCGUAAAUUGAGAUACAACGAAGAAGGCUUGCUGGAGGUGACCGGAUUUGCUGACCCCCGCUUGGAUCCUAAGGAGGCGGACAUUAGCUUGUGGAGCUCCAAUUUCAAAGAAGUGCCAUUUAAUCUAUCGAAGCAAGCAGCUGUAUUUUUACUUGGUCAACUAGGCCACAAGUUUUGCGAACUGUUUCAUCAGGAAAUGGAAGCACGCUUUGAGCAUAUGUCUGAAGAUACAACCAUAGCCUGGAGGCAAGCCGUGCGAGGGGUACGGGAGAUGUGUGACGUGUGUCAGACGACGCUCUUUAACUACCAUUGGGUUUGCACUAGUUGCGGUUUCGUUGUAUGCCUCGACUGUUAUAAAUGUAAAAAACGCGGCUUUCCGAUGAUACAAACCACUACGAAGGACAAAGAUGACGCAGGUUGGUUUAUGUGCAGUAUGACGAAGGAACCGCACAUCCAGUCUCUCCUUAUGAGAGCACAAAUUAUACCGGGAGACUGUUUCUACCAGUUGGUGCAACAAAUGCACGGAAUUUGCGCACUGUUCCAGAUCCCCCUUGAUUGCGAGUGCCCGCUCAGCCAAGAGCCACGGUUUCGAAAAAUGAUCCAUGAUGAACGCGAAUUCGAGUUUCGCGCGCCGGACGAUGCAAAUACGCUGUCGAGCAAUGGGAACGAAUCACAUAGCGAAAACAGUGAUCGCCCACCGGUGGAUGAUGAACGUACAGCGAAAAUGAUGGCAAUGACAAUCAAAGAUAUCGAUCAAUUGGUGACGAAACUGGAAGGCGAAGGUUCGGAUGGUAAACCUGCCUACCUGCUGAAAGCCUAUAGCAUUUCGUUAGCAAAGCGAUUUAUUUCAAACGAACAAACACAAACAGGCGAAAGCAAUUUCGUGCCAUGGGAUGACGCUAGCGACGAGGCGGGUACGUUAAACGAAAACGGUGGACAUCUUUCUUCUCAACGUCCACUCGAAGCAAAUAAAGCGAACACGGUAGAAGUCUUAUCAAUUAGUGCGAAACCGUCACCCGCUCGCACAUCUUAUCAUAUCUUUCCAUCCCUUGACUGGCGAACAUUGAUCCUGAUUUUCCAACAAAUUAUAAAUUUCCACAAUGAGAAUGGCACAUUCAGCAUAAAUCGAUCGAUGGCCACGAUCGACGAGGACGGAUCGAUGGCCGCAUCGAUGGUAACAUUUCCUGGGCGUGUAAUCAUUCAACGCCAUCUGAUCCAGCAGUUUUUGAUCGGUUUUUUGGGAGAUUUUGAGUUCCUGAGCAGUGAGCACAACACAGAUGAUCUCUACGUUGGUGACAACACCCUUAGCUACAACCUGCACAGCAAGGAAAAUCAGCAUCAGUUCCGGAAGGGCGAAAGAACUAUGUCGUUAGAUGAAUCGUCCGCCAUGUAUCCAGGUGCGGCGCACGAGUGGCUUUGCAAUGGGAAGCUUCUGCGCUUGCUCAAUCCGCGCAGCUCUGUUAACUAUAAUAUGUUUCACGAUCAAUGGGAACGCGGCCAACCGGUCAUGAUUUCGUCAGUGUCCAGUUUGAUGAACAUGGAACUCUGGACGCCCCAGUCAUUCGAGCGUGACUUUGGAGAGCAGCCGUCCGAUUUAAUCAACUGUGUGAACGGGAAAAUCGUAACAGGUUACCCGUUGCGCGUGUUUUGGGAAGGUUUCCAGUCGGUCGAUUACCGAUUACUCGAUGAGCACAAAUGUGCUAUGACGCUGAAGCUAAAGGAUUGGCCACCGGGUGAUGACUUUGCCGAGAUGAUGCCAUCCCGAUUCGAAGAUCUGAUGCUAUCGCUUCCGGUGCCGGAGUACACGCAGCGUAGGGGUUGUUUCAACCUGGCUAGCAGAUUGCCUGGUUUCUUCGUACGACCCGAUCUUGGACCAAAGAUGUACAGUGCAUACGGGUCAACCCGGAACCCACCCAAAGGCACCACCAGUCUGCAUCUCGAUAUUUCUGACGCCGUCAACGUGAUGGUGUACGUCGGAACACCGGCAGGUGAAACGCGGGAACAAUACAAUCGAAAGGUACUAGAAUUGAUCGGUACUGACGACUGCGAUAUGCAAACGCGUCGCCGAAUCAAUGAGCGGGAGGAACUACCGGGUGCACUGUGGCACAUUUAUCACGCGCAGGAUGCGGAUAAGAUACGCUCGCUCUUGAGGUGUAUAGUUCGUGAACGGGGAAAUAAUAUCCAACCAAAUCACGAUCCAAUUCACGACCAGAAGUGGUACCUCGAUGCGAACAUGCGCAAACGAUUGCUACAGGAGUAUCAGGUCGAGGGUUACUCGAUCGUGCAGUGCGAGGGUGACGCCAUCUUUAUACCGGCCGGUGCUCCCCAUCAGGUUCUAAACCUUUACAACUGCAUCAAGGUGGCGGAGGAUUUUGUGUCACCGGAAAAUGUAUCUUAUUGCUUCCAGCUAACGAACGAGUUCCGAUACCUGAGCAAGACUCACUCAAACCAUGAGGAUAAAUUGCAGAUUAAAAACAUCGUCUAUCACACGGUCAAAGAUGUGGUGUCCAAAAUUGCCAAGCCAUUAAUCAUAAUGGCAGACGCUGAGCGUCCUGGGAAUACGGUGAAUGUAGGGAAUGAUCAGAGCCUUCAAACCAAUGUAUGAUAGUCGAGAUUUUGUAAGCGGCUCAGUUAAAACAACUCGUAAUGAUGUGGGCUGAUGCAGUUAGACAAAUGAGAGAUGUACUGGGGUUAAUUCAAUUCAACAAUUUUUAAUAAGUUCAUUAAUACACUACACUGCAGUGUAGUUUCGGAUGUCAGUGGUCUAGUCAAGGAUAACUUCCCACGCUCGCACCCCAGAGGCUGGUGCCAGCGGCCGAUUAGCAGACUACUAACACCCACAUUUAUUGUAAAUAAAAAUCAA